AUGACAUCUGUACUGGAUAAAUAUAAACGAAAGAAGAAAGAAAUUCCACUGAAUCAAACGGAUGCUGGUCUAAUAAAAAUAGGACAUUAUAUUCUUAGUGAAACGCUCGGUACAGGUAGUUUUGGAAAAGUUAAAAAAGCAUAUCAUCAGUUAACCCGUCAUACGGUUGCUAUUAAAAUUGUUAAUCGCGGUAAAAUAAAACAAUUAGAUGUUGUAGGAAAAAUUCGACGAGAAAUACAAAACUUAAGAUUAUUUCGACAUCCACAUAUUAUUAAACUAUAUCAAGUAAUAAGUACACCAACUGAUAUCUUUAUGGUUAUGGAAUAUGUAGCCGGUGGAGAAUUAUUUGAUUAUAUUGUUAAAAAAGGAAAAUUAACCGAAGCUGAAGCACGUCCAUUUUUUCAACAAAUAAUAUCCGGUGUUGAUUAUUGUCAUCGACAUAUGAUUGUUCAUCGUGAUUUAAAACCUGAAAAUCUAUUAUUGGAUGAUGCUUCACACGUUAAAAUAGCUGAUUUUGGUUUAUCGAACAUGAUGAAAGAUGGUGAAUUAUUAAAAACAAGUUGUGGAUCACCGAAUUAUGCUGCACCUGAAGUUGUUUCUGGAGAACUAUAUGCUGGUCCGGAAGUCGAUAUCUGGAGUUGUGGAGUGAUUUUGUAUGCUCUGCUAACAGGAACAGUAAGAUUGUUUAACUUUAAUAGAAACUAUCAAUAUUGUUGUGCUUUAUACCAUUCGUCGAGGUAUUGGGACGGAUUAAAUUAGAUACUAGCAGAUUAGAUCUAUUAGAUCUUCACAGAUUUAGUUUGAGGAACUCUUCAAUUCUUUUCCAUUUCUUAUCUGUAAUUUUAUUAGUAGAGCUGUGAUAAAUAGCGAUUUUCUUUUCUUAUUCACGUUAUAUAUAGUGUGUAGGAACGUUAUUAAUGUAACCUCUAUAUAAUAGCUCUACGCAGACAACAGUCUUAAUAUAUUAUGUUAUAUAUAUGUACCGUACAUUGCAACGUGACCACACACUAUAUAUAAUGUGAAUAAGAAAAGAAACAGUCGGAGCACCAAGCCUAAAAUGCAUAAUAGAAUAACGUUGUCCUCAAUUCAAAAUCUUAAAUUUUGUCCACAUUAUGUCUAAAAGACUGUAUCUCAAUCAGAGAACUUAUUCCUAAAAUAUUUUCUUAAUCAAGCGUUUCCUUCUUUAGUAGGUCGUCUAUGCAAAAAUGUCGUAUACAGAAGAGUAGUACAUGGAAACGAUAUUCAA